AAACGAGAUGGUCAAAGUCAAGAGGAAAAUAUGAAAGAACAACGAACUACAGAAAAGAAUAAAUCUCUAAUUAGAAUGAGUCAGCCCCUUAUGAGAAGAAUGCCAGAAGCCAUAGUUGCUACAAUCCAUACUUUAACUUUGGAUUGUAAUCUUCUGAUACCAAUUUACGACGUGCAGAAGGCUCUUGCGCAUAAUUUUAAGAUUACAGGUAAUAUUAUCUCUUCGCAGUUGCUUGGACUUAUUAAUGCUCUUGGUUCACGAGUGCAUAAGCUUUUUGUUUCAUUCGGAAAUCUUUGGAUUACUUAUCCUCUUGUCACCUAUAAUGGUUCGGUUGAUCGAAUGGUCCUACAUUGA